AUUACAUUAACAUUACAUUAUUUAUUAAGGAUGUUAGAUAAAAAUCCCGGAAAAGAAAGAAAGAGCCAUUGACGUCUCCUCUCUCUCUCUCUCCAUCAUUCUUCUCUACUUUUGUGCUCUGCUUCACUUUUUCUUCUUUCCUUUAUUUCUCUCUCUCAACGACCACCAUGCCCGGAGUUGCCUUCUCCUGUGUUCCUGCCUCCGAUCUGGGAAUCGCCAUCUCCGACUCCACCACAACCACCUUCUACCGCUCUAUCUCGGCCUCCCUCUCAUCUUCCUCCAGUUCACCCUCCUCCUUUCGCUGUUGCACCCCAUUGAACCUCAGAUCGCUGCGUUCUCAACGCCCCCCUAAGAUUUCUCAUAUUUGUUGCCACGGAAGCUCUGCUUCCCGAUCUGGCCUCGGCGAUCCCGAUCUCGAGUUUCUCCAAGCCUCUGUCCUCGUUGCAGAGACAAGUAUGCAUUACAAAAUGCGGAGACAUGGUUUCCGGCAAGAUUCAAUGUGGCAAACUUCUAGGCCUUUACCUCCCUUUUCUGUGCGAGCUAGUGAAUCCAGGGUUGGUGUUCUCCCUAUUGGACUCGGCUUUCUCCGUCAAUUCAAGCACCCCACUAUUUUUCUCAAGAUCUCUUGUGAUGGUGACUACUUGCUUCCCCUUAUUGUUGGGGAUGCUGCCGUUGAGAAACUACUAGACGUACCUAUACAAGGCCAGACUGAGGAAUGCCCUGAUCAGUUCCAGUUCGUGUCUGCUGUUGUCGACAAACUCGGAUAUGAAGUUAAGAUGGUCAAACUUACUAGUAGAAUUGUAAACACUUACUAUGCAAGUCUAUGUCUUGGCAAGCCAGGGGACAAUGAUGCUAUAUGUAUUGAUUCACGGCCAUCAGAUGCCAUCAAUGUUGCAAGAGCAUGCCAGGCUCCAAUAUAUGUGAAUAAAGCAAUAGUCCUGGAAGAGGCUAUCAAAAUUGGUUAUGGAGGCAGACCACAGAGCGCAAAGCCUAUUUUCAAUGUUAUCCUUGACAGCGCUCCCGAGGGACCAGAUCCUUUAUCGGAAGAGCUUAAAUUAGUGAGGAAUAUGGAUUUGGCGUCUAAAGAGGAAAGGUACAUCGAUGCAGCGAUGUGGAGGGACAGACUGAAGAAGCUUCAGAACUCGAGCUCUGUUGAAUAUAAUAAGGGUGUAGAAACUCCUGAGAGCUAUGAGUAGUGAAAGAAAGAAUAGGAGCAAAGAAAGGAAAUGGAUGUAGAUAAGAAUGCAAGUGUGGUGAAUUUCAAGGGUAUGCAGAGAGAAAUAGAAGAUGCUUAUAGAU